UAUUCUGGCACAUUAAUAUUCUAAAAUAGAAGAGUACAGAUUCGAUUAUUAUUUUUAAUCUUGGCUAAACACCGCUUUGUUUGGUUUUAGAUUACAAACACAUAAUGUAAGCUACUUAAUAGCGAGAUAUGAAUUUAAUGCUCCCUCAUAUCAGUGUCGGGACUGCAAUUAUGUGUCUAAUAUUAACUACAGUGUCUGAAGUUUAUUUCUGUGCCUCGUGAACUUGCAUACAAAACGAGCUUCCUGCCUAUCGAACACUUGGGAGAGGGUCCGCUCGUCGUUGUCAUUCCUACAGACAUAUUAUCCUAUAAUUACAACGCUUUAAGAUGACCAAUCUUGAAUAUUUAGCCACAAUCGUUAUAAUUGUUCAGGUUUGUAUUGUGUCGUCUGCCGUGCUGAACGAAGACGCAAUACAGAGGGAAAAAUACACACAACAAAAGUACGAGCGCUAUCUAAACUACAUCCAGUACCCUUCCCUUGGUGGUUUAAACUUCACAAAUUUACCCGGAUUUGACUGUUUUAGCUCACCAGAAUGGCCUGGUUUAAGAAGAUUCGAAUUUAAAUGUAACGCCUUAACACCGUCCGAUGUUGUGCCUGAAAACGUCCAUUUACUUCGUCCAGCGGAUAUCAAAGUUAUUGGAGCAAUGGGCGACUCCCUCACGGCAGCGAAUGGAGCGGGUGCGUGUUUUUUACCUCAGUUAGCAUUGGAGUACAGAGGAAAAUCUUUCAGUCACGGAGGUGAUAAGACUUUUGCAAGGGUGCCAUCUUUAGCAAAUAUCUUGAAACAAUUCAACCCGGACCUGAAGGGAUACGGAGUUGAGACAGGCCGGUGGAAUAGUUCCAACGCCGGAAUGAACGUUGGUUUUCCCGGGGACGUAUCCUCAGAUAUGCCGACACAAGCGGAGAGACUGGUCGCAAAGAUGAAACGUGAUCCUGAUAUAGAUUUCUAUAACGACUGGAAACUUGUGACGUUAUUUAUUGGAGCCAAUGAUAUAUGUGAUUGGUGCAAAGACACCGCCUUAUACCAUCCACAGGUCUAUGUCGAUAACAUCAUGCAAUCCCUGCGAAUAUUACAAAAAAAGCUUCCGAGAACACUGGUGAACGUUGUGGGAGUACUUAACGUGCCAGAAGUCGAAGCCUUACGAGGACCCAUAUGUGACGUAUUUCAUUUACUUUGGUGUGACUGUGCAAUGUUUCUGGACGAAAAGGAACUAACAAAACUUACCCAGGUUACACGAGAAUACCAGCGACUGCUACAAGAGACAAUUGGUAGCGGUGUACUGGAUGGCAAACCAGACUUCACCGCAGUCCAUCAACCAUUCUUGCAUAACACCGGGGUACCGUUAACAGAGGUGAUGCAGUAUAACGUUGUAACUUUUAGUUAGUGUGGUACCAUAUAGGCCUAUCAUACAAUAUUGAUAAAGGCUAUGGCCGUAAGAAUAUUACAUUAUACAUUAUCCACAUUGUUGUUUCAAAAUCAAUAUCAAUUUAUAGUAAUACGAAUAUAUAUUAUUUAGACAGGGCCUAUAGGCAUAUGUUCACAAAGGUGACAAAAAUUGCAGUAUAAAUUUUGUUACUUUUAGCAGACACAGUGUGGUACCAG